AUGGAUAUCACAGUCUCCAAAUCUUGGUACAAUGGUCGCACUUUGCCUUCCGAAAACUCCGUCAAGAACCGCAGAUUCCAGAACAAAUUAGUUGUGGGAGCACGUUCGAGUACAUCGUCCAAAGCCAGUGAUACCACAAUCACUGCGAGAGAAAACCCUGCCCCCUUUCGAGUCUCGGCAAAUCAUGUCCAACGUCUCGAAAGCCUUGCGACUAGAGCAGAACAUGAUCAGGAUGAAGAAAACGAGGUUGAAAUCGAAAGUCAAACCCUGGGCCAAAGAUUCGCGGGGCAGAUGACUCUUGAUCAAUCCAUCAAGAAUUCUCCACCAAAGCGCUCCCGAUGGCACGAUAUGUUCGAGUCUCGCCACCGAAUGACAGCCCCACAGAGUACUGUCACCAAUGGAAAUCGAAAGAAAUCGCCAUUGGGUAUAUUUGGAAAUGCUCUACCCAAAUGGUCGCCGGCAAAUGGCGCUUCUAAUCAGAUGAUGGGCACUAAGAAUAUUUCGAUUCCAUCAUCAACGCCCAGUAUGGACCCCCAUUCAAAAGACGCCAAGAAGUUCAAAGCAUUUCUGCAUCGUGUUGAUGGAGAAGCAGUACCUUUGUUCGUCUCUCCCCAUGGUGCCCACCAGCAAUUCUUUCCGGACUCUGCUCGUCGAUCCCAGAAUGCUUCUGUGGUUGUCCCAUCCAAUACUCCUGGUGAAGGUAUUGGCGCUGCUGGUUCUAUCUACGCAGCUCAACCAACUCAGAUAGCUCAGGUAGCUCAAGCAGUUCAGCCAGUUCAACUAGCUCCACAGCAUCUGAGGACCGUUCGAUCAAUGAACAGUUCCAGGAGUAUCAAUUCGAGGUCAACUGCUCACACGAGGACCAACACUAGUUUCUCCACUGCUUCUGGCGCCGACACUUGGACUCCCGCGGACCGCAGCUUCGACACUUCUGUGUCUCAAUACACGGGCCAUACUCGGAUGACAUCUGCAUCUGGAAGCUUUGUCGACAAGAGUCAACACGCUCGGAUGGCGUCUGCGUCGACCGGGUUCGGCAAUUUCUCAUAUCAUCCCGCCAUUUAUGAGGACGAACAGAUGACCAUUGGCCCCCUGAAUGAUUCAUCAACUGAGUUCGGCGACUUCAAUCAAUUAGGCCCAGAGAUCCUCCCAGUCUCAGUGGACUACUUCCCACAAAGCAUGGCUGUUGCAACAACAACUGCAUUUGCUCCUCAGCAUGCACCAAUGGUUGCGGAUAACAUGAUGAUGCCACAAAUCGCAGUUCCGGAUCUCUCUCACUUGGUGAAGAAAUUCCGCCCAACCAACAUGCUUCUCCGAGAGCAAGGUAUGAUUCCAGACAACUCUCAUCAUGAUACCAACUACGAGGGUGACGAGAACCAUCCUGAUCUCCUUGAUCUUCCGGAACACAUCAAUUGCUGUAUGUGGAUUAUCAACAUUCCAGAGGAAAUUGGGUACGCUGAGUUCAUGCGAAUCCUUGAUUGUGGCGCCGUUGCUGCGCUUUCUAUGGUCGAACCUCAAAAUGGCCAUAGAACACAGGCCGCAAAGGCAACGUUCAAGACCAACGCUGCUGGUACCGAGCUUUACCGCCGUGCUCGUACCAAGGGCGGUCUCCGCAUUCGUGGCCGUAAGAUCAAAGUCUGGUACAAUGAUUACGGCGCAUACGAAUGGACAGGCCCUGAGACUCGCUUCCUGGAAAUUGAAGCACCUCAAAUACUUGAUGAAGCCUUCUGGCAUGGCUACUUCGGAAACUGGUGCAAGUACACCAUCAUCUCUGUCACUCUAAUGCCUUGUAGGAAGUACGGCUUUGCAUGCACGAGAUUCGAGUUCGUCAGAAUCGCUGGACAAGCACAGACUUGCUACCAGGCCAUUAAAAAGGACAUGACAUUCCUAGGGCAGGUGAAUGUCAGAUACGGAAUCGACCCUAAUGAGGUCUGA